AUGUGGAGCAAGCUCAAGCUGGGUGCCGCUGGAGCAGCGGCCGAGAAGGGCGCCCGGUACAUUGGUCACGGAGUCUUAGAGCCCUGGCCACUGACCGGCACCUUGUGGGUGGGCAACGCAGCGGUGGUGGUGGAGAAGGUCGUGGAGGCCGGAACGCGCCAGGUGCCUGCCGAUGGCGACAUGUCAGUGCGACCAGACGUCCAACAAAAGACGCCGGCGGAGAUGGCGACCAGACGCUUCUCGCGGCCGAAGCCUUUCGUCGUGAAAAAGGUGAAGAACGUUUUGGAUCCUCGAAGUUCUGAAGUCCAACGCCGGACUGACUGA